GCGGCGCGGGGGCGCCCCCCUCGGCCGGGCGCUCGGGUUACAGCCGCGGCUCCCCGGCUUCCCCGCCCGCGCCCCGCCGGUUCGCCGGCGCCGUGAGAGAUAUUGUAACGGAACUGGGACGCCAGCGCUGCAUUGUGGGAGCUUUUAAAGCGGCGGGGAACGUGGCCCGCCCGCUCGGGCCCACCGGGCCAAGCUCACCCCGGCGCCCCUAGCACGGCCCCGCCGCCGCUCGUACCACCACACACCCAACACCGCCGAGGCCUGUGGACCGGGAAGCCCGAAGUGGUGAGGUGACCGGUGCCUACUGACUCUCACAGGAGCACAGGCUUCCAUAGCCCGGGGUGAGACUUGUAAAACUGCCCUCUACGGUCAUCCCGGAAAGUAGGAGGCUUUUUCUGCAGACCCUUAAAAAAGAAAAAGAAAAAGAAAGCCCUUCCAUCCCCCAAGAACUGGGUUUGAAUUGCUUUUCCUCUGGAGUGGCAGUGAUUCAGCGACCCCCUUCUCAGCAGCAGGCAGUGACAGAGACAGGAGACGAAAAACACAGCGAAUGAAUCAGACGCUAUCUUGGAAGGGGAAUUAUGAGUUAGGAAGCACAGAAGGGGCCAACCUAAGGCAUUUCAAGAGAUGAGAGACAGGCUGCCCACUCAGAAGCAUCAUCCCACCCAGUAGGAAGAGAACCCAAAUUAAGGAUUCCAGAAUCCAAACAAGCAACAAUGUGAAAAAGAAGCCUAGUGCAGCAGAGGUGAUCUGGAUCCAGGAAGAAAUGGAAGAUGACUAUAAUAAAAAACUCCUCUCUGAAGAGACCAACAAUAGCACAUUCAUCAGAAGCCAAGUUGGAGCCCAGGAGGAGACAACGGAAGCCUGGGCUCAGGGGCCCAGGUUAGAGGAAAGUAAAGAGACUUUUCUUCUAGCCAAGAUGAAAGGCAUGCAGGCCAGUCCGGAAACUCCAGUGGCCCUGCAGAGUGAACUCCAUGAGCAGGAAGAUAAAAUGGAGAACCAAGCACAAAGAAAAGACACCCAAGACAGUCUCCCAAUGACACAGCGAUCUUUAGUACAUUUUUUUUCGACAACGAAUUCAGAUAUUACCCUGCCAUUGUCAUGGUCAUUAUCCUAUGAAGUGCCUCUUGAUUACAAUCUGUCUAGCCCACAAUUUAGUGGAAUAACUAUAUCAACAAUUGGGCAGAAGACUCCUAAAACUACAGGAGUGGGCCUUUCCAGAUUGGAAAACAGCUUGGGAGUCAACAGCUCCAUAAUGACAAAGAGACAGGCUCUGCUCCUUGCUGCUGAGACACCAGUAACUGGGGAAGGAGAAGAUUAUUUCCUAUCUUUGUUUGGUGAUUCAAAGAAACUUCUUCCACAUUCAUUCCAUGCUGAGAAAGCCUGGAAACACUUUUCUAUGAUUCUUGAAGAAGUGGGCCAAUCUAGAUCCAGUGCUCUUGGAGACAUUAAAAUAGCUGAAGUGAAUGUCAAGGGUUUAUUUGUGAAACUCAUUAACUCUUCCCUUGACAAAGAACUGGAGAUUGGAGGUCAUAUUCUCCAGCAAAAUGUGAAUGGACAAACAGUCUCUUUGUACCGCUUCCCUCCAAAUAUCAUAAUGCAGGCCAACUGCACAAUAACAGUGUGGGCAGCUGCAUCUGAAGCAAAGCAUCAGCCACCAUCAGAUUUUCUUUGGAGAGAACAAAACAAGUUUAGAACAAGCCCAAAUUGUACAACGAUUCUGUGCAAACCUAAUGGUGAAGCUGUUGCCUGGUACACUCCUAUUCACUGGAAGCAAGCAUGGGAGAAAUUAGAGACUGACAUUGAAUUUGACAGAUGCUCAGUAGUAAGUACAACGUCUCGAAGACACAUGUUUAAUUGGCCAGCAGCUAUAACUACAACUAAAGAAAAACAAGAUAAAUGUAAUAAAGAUAUCUCAAAAUAUCAAAUGGAACGAGUCAGAGUUUUUCUCAAAAGAGAAAAAGAAACCCCACCAAACCCUUUGCCCAAUAGCAGCCCUUGGUGCCACAGUCCCAGUGUCCCUGCACAUCCCUACAGUCCUCUGAUUGAAACUUGCAAUACGUGCAUGACUGAAAGCAGCUUGGAUAGACAGCCGAGGCCUCAGUCAUCCAGGCCUGAUCCAGCCCAGGAAAAGAAGAGAAAAAUUUGGGCAGAAGUAAUAUGUAAAGAAAUAAUGACAAAAAUUGUCAAAAACUGAUGAAAGACACCAAGUCACAGAAUCAAGAAAAGUAAAUCCCAAGCAACACAAAGCCAAAGAGAACAACACCAGUCUAUAUUAUAGUAAAACUUCACAAAACCAAAUAACAGAAGUCGGAAGAUGAUGGAUGAUAUAUCUUCAAUGUGCUAGAUGCUAAAAGAACUACUAACCUAGAAUUCUAUGCCUAGCAAAAAUAUACUUCAGAAAAUGAAGGUAAAAUAAAGGCAUUUUCAGGCAAACAAAACUAAGAGAAUUCAAGGACAGCAAACCCACAGUAAGGAAAUACUGAUAGAAGUACUCCAAGAAGAAAGAAAACAAUCCUAGAAGGGAUGUACAGAGAUUUAGGAAGAAAUGAAGAAAAAUGGGAAGAGUCAAACAUGGAUAAACAUAAAUGUAUAUUCACUGUACAAACAAUGCCAAUAUUUUCUCAUAGAGAUUAAAAUUUAUAUAGAAUUUAAAUACAUGAGAACUGUGUUAGUUUCCCAGGGCUACUGUAACAAAGUACCACAAACUUGGUGGCUUAAAACAACAGAAAUGUAUUCUCUCACAAUUCUAGAGACCAGAAGUCUGAAAUCAAGGUGUUGGUAAAAGCUAUACUGUCUGAAAGCUCUAAAGGAUUAUCCUUACUUCCCUCUUAGCUGGCAAAUCUUGGUGUUCCUUGGCUUCUGGAUACAUCAAUCCAAACCUGCCUCCAUUUUUUAAUGGCUUUCUCUCCUAUGUGUCUAUGUCUGUAUUUCCCUCUUCUUAUAAGGACACUAAUCUAGUAUGACCUCAUCUUACUUAAUUACAUUUGCAAGGACCCCAUUUCUAAAUAAGGUCACAUGCACAGGUUCAGGGGGUUAGGAUUUCAACAUGUCUUUUUAGGGGACACAAUUUAACCCAUAACAACAGCAAUAACACAUAAGUUGGGAGGGGAGUAAAUGGAGUUAAAGUGUUCUAAAUUACAUGUUUUAUCCAGUAAGUUGUAAAAGUUACAGUUUAUAUUAGUCUUUAGUAAAUCAAGGAUGCAUGUUUUAUAAUCUAGGAUAGACAAUAAAAGAAUAGUAUAAGAAUGUCAUGUUUAUAAUCUGAUAUAUAUCAGUUUCAUUACCAUUCAGUCCAAAAUAUACUCUAAUUUCCAAUGUGAUACCUUCUUUGAUAUAUGAGGUAUUUGGGGAUAAUAUAUCACAAAGUGGGUUUAUUUCAGGAAUGCAAGGUUGGUUUGAGUUUUGAAAAUUAAUCAGGUAAACUUAUUUUAACCGAAUACAGAGAAAAAUUAUACAGCCAUUUCAAAAAUAUAGAAAAAGCAUUUGAUAAAAUUCAGAACCCACCUAUGAAGAGAGAACCUUAGAAAAUUAGGACUAGGAAGAAUUUUCUUAAUCUGACAAGUGUCAUGUACAACAAUCCUAAAAUAAAUUGUCAUACUUAAUGGUGAAGUUAUGGAAGUUUCCUCCUAGAGAUCCAGAUAAAGACAAGAAUUUUCCUUAUGACAACUUCUAUUCAACAUUACACUAGAAGUCUGAGUGCAAUAAGGCAAAAAAAAAAAAAAAGGACAUACAAAUAUCCCAUUACUUUAUAAUCUAGCAAUUCCAUUCCCAGGAAUUACAUAUGCCUAACAAAUAUAUACAUAUGUAUACCAAAAAAAAAAACCAAACACAAUAAUGAUUAUAACAACUGCAUUUGUAAUAGCCAAAAGCUAAGAAGCAAUCCAAUUAUUCAUUAGCAAUAUAAUGGAUAAAUAAAUUAUGUUACAUUAAUACAAACCUAUAAGCAAUGAAAAUGGAUGAACUACCCGCCACAUGAAUUAACAUCAGUGAAUCUCAUAAGCAUAAUAUUGAGCAAAAGAUGCCAGACAAAAAGGAAUAUAUGUUGUAUGAUUCCAUUUAUAUAAAAUUCAAAAACAUACAAAAUUAAACCAUUAUGUUAAAGAUCAGAAUAGUUAUCUCUGGGAGGAGAAGGGGAGUAGUAUGUGGAGGCUGCACAAAACUGCUUCUAGAAUACGAAUAAUACUCCACUUCUUAAUCUGAAUAGUGUUUAUAUGUAUCACUGUUUUCUCACUAUUUUCAUCAUGUUGUGCAAUUAUGACUUGUGAAUUU